CCGUGAUACCCCGCGCUCGUGAGUUUGCAUGUUUGAGAUUGUCAUUGCCUUCCUGAGAGGAAUGUUUCUUUCGUUUACUCUCGCUAAGAUCAUUAAGUGAUAAUAAUCACAGUGCACCUACGGGCUUCUAUUUAUUAAUUAGAAAAAUUUGAUCUUGAUCGUAAACUAAAAUGGACAGACUAUUAAGAUUAGGAGGCGGUAUGCCCGGACUUAAUCAAGCGCCUCCGCUAUCCGAUACACCCGCCGUUGAUACUGCUGAACAAGUUUAUAUAUCCUCGUUGGCCCUUCUGAAAAUGCUUAAACAUGGAAGAGCUGGUGUUCCGAUGGAAGUUAUGGGACUGAUGCUGGGUGAAUUUGUAGAUGAUUACACAGUGCGUGUUAUUGAUGUAUUUGCGAUGCCUCAAACUGGAACUGGUGUCAGUGUAGAAGCAGUGGAUCCAGUAUUUCAGGCAAAGAUGUUGGAUAUGUUAAAGCAAACUGGUCGACCAGAAAUGGUUGUGGGUUGGUACCAUUCCCAUCCAGGCUUUGGUUGUUGGUUGUCUGGUGUGGAUAUCAAUACUCAACAAUCCUUCGAAGCUCUUAGUGAAAGGGCUGUUGCUGUUGUCAUUGACCCAAUUCAAUCAGUUAAGGGCAAAGUGGUUAUCGAUGCAUUUAGAUUAAUCAAUCCCAAUAUGAUGGUUCUAGGUCAAGAGCCUAGACAAACCACAUCAAACUUAGGGCACCUGCAUAAACCCUCUGUUCAAGCUCUGAUCCAUGGUCUUAAUCGUCACUACUAUAGCAUAAGUAUUAACUAUCGUAAGAACGAACUGGAGCAGAAGAUGCUACUUAAUUUGCAUAAAAAGACCUGGAUGGAUGGUCUCACUCUUGCUGAAUAUUCGGAACACAGUAGACUGAAUGAAAGUAUUGUUUCUGACAUGCUUGAAUUAGCCAAGAACUACAACAAGGCACUUGAGGAUGAAGAAAAAAUGACACCUGAACAGCUAGCAAUAAAGAACGUAGGUAAACAAGACCCAAAACGGCAUCUUGAGGAGAAAGUAGACACCCUUAUGUCCACAAAUAUCGUCCAGUGUUUGGGAGCCAUGCUCGACACCGUUGUCUUCAAAUAACCGUAUCUCAAUCCACCAUUUGGAAUAUGACAUUUACGAAAAAUACACGUCUUUAUAAAAUAACA